CUCCGGAACGUUCAGUUCUUCUUGUGUUUCUUCAGUGUUAAAAAAUCCUCUAUUUCUUCACUGGGAAAAUCGUAUUACUUCGGUUUAUUCUAUUUUCAUUUUGUUCCGACGACGAAUUGUCUAGACAGAAUUUGUGUGGUUUUUGUGGUGAUCAAUAAGUGACUUAAUUAACACUGGAAUUUUUUGGAAGAAAUUGACAUUCCUCUCCAUGGCGAUGGAUUCCUACAAUCAGUCGCACCCCACUGAUCACGCGCUGGACUUCACGAAGCCCGCAAAGAAGGACGCGGAGCCUCCGAUCCUGGACCUGUCCUGCAGAAAAGAUCAAUUACCCCAACGAAUCUCCUACAGCUUAAGCCCAGCAUCCUCAGAGCCUCGCUCCCUCUCUCCCACGAGUGAAUCACAUACAAGCGAGCCUCCCCAGCACCAACUGGGCUUCAAGGACGAGCGAAAGAGUCCAUUCGAGGGUCGAACGUUCAUGGUGACACCUCCCUCAGAAACCGACUCCCCAAAGAAGCCAAAGUACGAGCCAAUUUAUCCUCAAAUAGCUCCAAUAACGUCUGAAAUAACUCAUCGUUAUCCACUGCUGCCCAGGAAUCUGCCAAUGCCAGUGGCAAUUCCCCCGGCGAUGCCACCCCUUCUCCCUAAUCAGAACGGAGGAACAAUGAAGCAGAUACAGAUGCCAGUGUUGAGUUCCAACACUCCACCGAAUAAUCAAGAGGUUUCACUCCCUCUGGUCUCCCCAGAAACGUCGAAAAAGGCACCGAGACCCUUCAAGGCUUAUCCGAAGGACCCUCUCGCCCUCACAAUGGGCCCGGAGAUCAUCUACGAUCAGAACUCCAACGAAGCUUACUCAGAAUUUAGAAAGAGAAUGCUGGACUCUGUCAGGAAAACGAACGAGGGUACCAACAUCAAAAUGAGGAGGGUCAGCAAAAGCCCGGGGCUGCCCACCAGCACCAUGGGUGUCUUGGAUGAUAAAGAUGCUGCUUACUGGGAGAGGAGGAGGAAAAACAAUGAGGCUGCCAAGAGGUCCAGGGACGCGCGGAGAGCUAAGGAAGACGAAAUCGCCAUUCGUGCGGCAUUCCUCGAACAGGAGAACAUGAAAUUAAAAUAUGAACUCGUGGCGUUGAGAAACGAAACUGCCAAGCUUAGGUGUAUGGUUUACUCAAAUNGAAGAAUUUAA